CCCAAAUGUGAUGAACCAUAUAUAAAUCCGCCGCUAAGCUCUCACCCAUUUCAAAAUCCUUAGCCAAGUCAGCUCGUCUGAGAUUCAAAUAUCAGCGCUAUACUAUAUUGUUGCUUACUUAAUUACCAAGGCUUUACUUCCCAAGCUUGUCCCCAGUUCGAAUCUCGGGCGCUCUCUGUUACCCAACAUGGUUAAAACAUCCCCAGGGAAGAAAACCCAAAACAGUAUAAGCAAGGCACAGCAACAUUUCAAGGGAGUGAGAAUGAGAAAAUGGGGGAAAUGGGUUUCUGAAGUGAGGAUACCCAAUUCCAAAGCCAGAAUUUGGUUGGGAUCUUACGAUACCCCUCAACAGGCUGCUCGCGCUUACGACUGUGCUGUUUACUGCCUCAGAGGAUCAAAUGCCAAGUUUAAUUUCCCCGGCUUUCUGCCGGAAAUUCCAUCGGCCUCUUUGCUCUCUCCGGCUGAGAUUCAAGCUGUUGCAGUCAAGUUCGGCAAGGAAGAAUUGCGGCAGGCUCUGGACUGUAAUGCCACAUUUUCUGGUUCAGAAUCGCAGUCGUGUGUGUACAGUCAACAAAGUUUAGAGGAGCAGGAUUUGGGACUGUUAGAGUCACUCCUCGAGGAGGUAGAGAGCUUUGAGUGUCCAAUUAUAGAGGAUUUUCUUCCUCUGGAUGAGUUAUUUGAGGAUACUGAUUUUCUCAAGGACUUUGGCUCCACUGGAUGGACGGAAGAGUCGUGGGAUUUACCAAUUCACAUUAAUUGACAAGAUUUCCUCAAAAAAUUGUGCUGGAAAGGGGAAAAUUUUCGAGUCCAUUUGCAACACUUUUUCUUUAUUCUACUGUUCAAAUUAAUUUUUAUCUUUCACUUUAUGAGAAAAUUGAUGAGUGCAACAUUAUCUCUUUCCGUUUCAA